AGGGGAACACCGCACGAUGCAGAGAUAUUGCUAACAUCACCCACCAUAAUAUAAAGCUUAACUUGUAAUAGAAGAUACGUCUUAACUUGUCUAAAUUGGCGUGUUUUGGGGCGUAUUGUUUCUUAGUUAAAAGGUUUUAGCUGAAGUUUUUUGUCUUUUUAGUAAACUAGCAAGCUAGCUAACUAUGCUCAGCUUCUGAAGUCAGAAGGAAGGGACAACGCCUGUUCGUUUGAAACAGUGAUCGCAGAAUAUCCUGGGUUUCAUAGCGUAUUACCUGGACGAAUUUUCAUAUUUUCUAAUAAAUGGCAAUUUCUCCAUAUUGGGAAUAUUUCGCAAAGUAGAUAUCUUAGCUAGCUACACUUUUGUGUGAUCCGCUGCUCCCUCCCAUGUGUUGUUGCCAACGCCUUUUUUCUCUUUGCUGUGCGUUUUAUCUUUUUGCUGGCGGGGAGCUAGCGAGCUAGUUUUAGCUAAUUGUUGCUAGUUUUCAUAGCAGAGUAAUUGAUUUGAUAAAUAUACAGUGCUAGUUGACUUGCUACUUCGGGGUACAAAUACAAAUAACUAUUUGGAUUCAAAAUGGGCUGUACGCUCAGUGCCGAAGACAAAGCGGCGGUGGAGAGGAGUAAAAUGAUCGAUAGGAAUUUGAGGGAAGACGGAGAAAAAGCGUCCAGAGAAGUCAAAUUGCUGCUUCUAGGUGCUGGGGAGUCUGGGAAAAGCACAAUAGUAAAGCAGAUGAAAAUCAUCCACGAGGACGGCUACUCGGAGGAGGAGUGCAAGCAGUACAAAGUGGUGGUGUACAGCAACACCAUCCAGUCCAUCAUCGCCAUCAUCAGAGCCAUGGGGAGGCUAAAGAUCGACUUCGGGGACCCCGCCAGGGCUGACGAUGCCCGGCAGCUCUUCGUGCUGGCCGGCUCGGCAGAGGAAGGCGUGAUGACGGCGGAGCUGUCCGGAGUCAUCCGGAGGCUGUGGACGGACAGCGGCGUGCAGACCUGCUUCAUCAGAUCCCGGGAGUACCAGCUCAACGACUCCGCCUCAUAUUACCUGAACGACCUGGACAGGAUAUCCCAGCAGGGCUACAUCCCCACGCAGCAGGACGUCCUGCGCACCCGGGUCAAGACCACGGGCAUCGUGGAGACGCACUUCACCUUCAAGGAGCUCUACUUCAAGAUGUUUGACGUUGGUGGCCAGCGGUCCGAGAGGAAGAAGUGGAUCCACUGCUUUGAGGGUGUUACCGCCAUCAUAUUCUGCGUGGCACUCAGCGACUACGACCUCGUUCUGGCAGAGGAUGAAGAAAUGAACCGCAUGCACGAGAGCAUGAAGCUCUUCGACAGCAUCUGCAACAACAAGUGGUUCACGGACACCUCCAUCAUCCUCUUCCUCAACAAGAAGGACCUGUUCGAGGAGAAGAUCAAGAGGAGUCCGCUCACAAUCUGCUACCCGGAAUACUCGGGUUCCAACACGUACGAGGAGGCGGCGGCCUACAUCCAGUGCCAGUUCGAGGACCUGAACAGGCGGAAGGACACCAAGGAGAUCUACACGCACUUCACCUGUGCGACAGACACCAAGAACGUGCAGUUCGUCUUCGACGCCGUGACGGACGUCAUCAUCAAGAACAACCUGAAGGAGUGCGGCCUGUACUGAGGAGAUGGAGCCCCACUUCUCACAGGUCACUAUUGACAGUGAAGCGUGACUGAUUGGAUGAGGACCAUGACUGCAGUCUGCCAGGAAUUGCUCCAGGUUUGAGAAGACGGACCAGACUGAUACAGUUGCCACGGUGCAUGCAGAGUCAUUGUGUUCUUCGGCGCCAAAUUCACCAUAUUGAUCUUUUUUUUUUUGGCUUGUUUUCCUUAAGAGGUCUUGUCAGAUCCAAUAUUAAAGUGAGGACAGAGCAGGACAGAAUGGUGUAAAUACGGUGAAAAUAUGACAUUCAAGCGGGGUGCAGCGGCAACACUCCUGCUUUCUUUCAUUGGAGGAUAAGCCGACAUUUAAGCAGUACAGCUACAGUAUAUUAUCAGCAACUAUGACAUGAAAGACAGGCUUGUGCACUCAUCAGCCUUGAGGAAAUGCACCUGCUGAAAUAGAUAUUCUUUCCACACUCAGAUUAGUCUAUCAGCCUAUGUCCUUAUCACUGUACUAUGCACAAUGACCAAAACGUAGAAACUUCCUUGUCUUGAUGUUUGGUUCAAAACACAAAGAUUUUAGACUGUUAGAGAGAGAGCGGGGUCUCCAGUUCCCCCAAACCAGUGUUCCUUUUUUUUCCAUUUUAAUCUUCUUAAGAAUUUGACAUUCUUGACCAGCUGUAAAUAGUCUUUUGUUUUAGGAAGCAGCACUUAAUCAGUCUCUCACACUAGUCUCAUAUCUCAGUUGUAUUUUUGAUUGCACAAGCCCAUCGCUUCAAAAUUGUAACCUCCUCCAACCCAAGCCUUCUAUUGAAAUUCUGUCCUUUUUUUUCCCAACCGCUCUCAUUUAUCUGUGGAUCAGGGAUCAGGUGAUUUAAAUGACCCCGCUUUGUGCAUUUACUCUAAUCACUAUUACUAAUGUUCUGGUAUGCUGGAAGUGUGAAGUAGUUUGACCUUUGAGCCGGUUCACAGUCCCAUAGUUUAGACCUCUAGCUCGUACAAGCCUACUAGACUUGCUAUUUUACGGGGUUGAAAAGAGACUAGUUUUAUUUUGCCUAAACUUCUAGAGAUGGAACCCUAAAGGGAUCACUUUAUAUUAACCAAUAU